AUGGUUAGCUUAAAUCCUGAGGUGAGAGCUGCAAGCACAGAGGUCGGCAUGAAAGUCAACCUCAAACUUCACCUGAAGAAUGCUUUCAACUCCAUCAGUCAAGAAGUCAUCCUCCGUUCAAUAAGGGAGAACACCCCACCACUUUAUCAAUUUGCUUGGCAAGCAUAUUGGGAGCCCUCCUACCUCUCAUUUGGUGACCACGUCAUCUCAUCUGUCCCUGGAGUCCAACAGGGUGAUCCACUUGGUCCUGAUGUCACCAAGAUGGGAGCUGGCCUUGACCUAAAUAUCUGGUACCUCAAUGAUGCUUGUUUGGAAGGUCCUCCUGACAAAGUGCUUGCAAUUGCAAGGAUGGGGAUUGAGGAACUUGAUUGUAGAGAUCUUAGUGUUAACAAGCUCUGGCUCCUCGACCACCCAGUUUCACAUGAAAAUGUUAUAAUUGAAAUAUUUUAUUUUGUGUUUCAGAUUGACCUUGUCUGUUUUGAAGAGUUUUGCCAAUGGCGAGAACAAUCCCAGCAGACUGAACAGCCUUCUUCAUUUUUGUCAAGAGUUUUCCUAGAAGACAUAAGCCCAUGCUUGAACUUUUCCAACACUAAUUUGUCAGAAAGAGUGAAGAAGUGUGUAGACAAUAACACUUUAACUAUUGAACCAAUUGCCAGCGAUAGUUCCUACCCACGGUGGUGUACAUUGUCUCAGUCUAACAAAUUAUGUAACUACAAGAUACAUUUAGGAGAAGAUCAUUCUUGGUACUCAAUCUCAGAAUUUUGUCGAAAUCGAAUUACAUCUGUAUGCAACUUUUACACAUACAUUCGUUACAUUCAACAAGGUUUGGUUAAAGGUGAAGACAAAUCUGUAUUUCUUGAAGUGUUGAAUUUAAGAAAGAAGAUGGCAUUGGCACGCCUUGGUUACUCUUGAAAUGACUCUCACAUGUUCAGCUGCCCUCACUUAUAUACUGCUAACCUGGAAAGAAAAGCUUGGAAAUUCAACCAACAGAAAUAACUUCAGUGUUCAUUAUGUUGAAACCAUACUUUUCAGCUUAUUCAAUUUGACUUUUUGAAAAGAGAUAUCUUUACUGGUUUCUCUUGUAAAAUCAGUACAUUUUAAUUUAGAGAUUAUUUUUCAGAUAAAGUUUCUUAACUGUAAUUUAAAUGUUAUCUUAUGUUACUUUAACAUUAUUGUAGUUAUUGUAACUAUUUUGUGUUGAAGACUAUGUUGACUUUAAUAAAUUGACUUCUUUUGUUUCAAAAAAUAUGAUAGAAGUUUAUGACAAAAUAAAACCCAAAGAUAUGAACCAAAGCUAAAAUUUAAAACUGUAAAAAAAAUCAUUAAAAAUACUUCCUACUUA